CCUCCAAGUUGGUGUUUAAAGAAACAAAGCAAGUGAAACUGAGUUCAGAGGUAGACAGAUUAUUGUUAAAAGAAUCAUGCCAUCUUCUUCACCAAAUGUUUUUGAGAUUGGAAAUUAUGCAACCAUUCUUCAACGAUUUGAACCUGCUGCAACGUGCAGCACAACAAACUCUACUGUGCCAACUGUUCCACCACCAAAGCCGCUGUUAAUUGCUAUGCCAACUGAUGCUGGAGACUUCCCACUUCUUAUAUUCCUUCACGGCUAUCUUCUCUACAACUCCUUCUACUCUCAGCUCAUCCAGCAUAUCGCUUCUCAUGGGUUCAUUGUCAUUGCUCCUCAAUUAUAUGAAUUGGCUGGAGCGGAUGCAAGUGGAGAGAUUAAAUCUGCAGCUGCUAUAACAAAUUGGUUAUCUGAAGGGCUCCCUGGUCUGCUUCCACCAAAUGUUAAGCCAAAUCUAAGCAAGCUAGGCCUUGCUGGUCAUAGUCGCGGAGGAAAAACUGCAUUUGCUCUUGCUCUUAUGAAAACGGCCACUACUUUAAAAUUUUCGGCCUUGAUAGGCGUAGACCCAGUCGAUGGAAUGGACAAAGGGAAACAGACUCCUCCACCAGUCUUGACUUAUGUUCCUCAUUCCUUUGAUCUUGACAUGGCAGUGAUGGUGAUUGGUUCAGGCUUAGGUGAAGUGAAAAGAAAUCCACUAUUCCCCCCUUGUGCUCCUCAGGGAGUUAACCAUAGAGACUUUUUCAAUGAAUGUAAAAGGCUUGCAUGUCAUUUUGUGAUUAAGGAUUAUGGUCAUCUUGAUAUGCUAGACGAUGAUACCAAGGGAAUCAGAGGAAAAGCCUCAUAUUGUCUUUGUAAGAAUGGCAAGUCCAGGGAGCCCAUGAGGACCUUUACUGCAGGAAUUAUUGUUGCCUUUAUGAGAGCUUAUUUGGAUGGGGAUUUCAGCGACUUAAUGUCUAUAAGAGAUGGGCAUGCAACUUCACCUGUGGAGCUCCAAACUGUUGAAUUUCUUGAUUGAAUCUGGCUUGCAACAGAAAAACAUGUCUAUGGAAUGAGUAGUAUUAUGUGCACAAACAACGAUGUGACAUCAUAUUGUUGGACAAUUAAAAAUUAAAGAUAAUACAACAUAAGUGCAGUUGGUGUUAUAUAUUCAUACGUACACAGCUUAAGUUUGUUUUGUUUUGAUCUUAUUAUUGAAUUUUAUGAUGAAAACAUUUUAGAGCUUGCUUA